CUGAGAUCGAAGAGGGGACCUCCUUAGAGAGCGGGAAAAUGAAGGGAAAACAAGGGGAGAGGCGCAGGGCCCUUCUCUUUCCGAAUCAGUCACCAAUGAGUUUCGCCGUUUGAUACUCACUACUACUAGCUAAUACUUAUACUCCUGUCGUGAAACUAAGAGUAAUGUGCUAGAUCUAGAAUGACAUUAUCAACAAGAUUUUUGCUAAUUUUUUGACAAUCAAAAAAGAAAAAUGGACGAUAUCGACCGAUAUUUGGAGGCCAUCGAUAAUGCUAGUGGCCCACGAAAGCCCCCAGCAAAUGCAGAGGAUGUGGUCAGGUAUUUUCAUUUUGUCGGCUUUUUGAAAGAACACGAAGUACAGCGCGAACAAGGUCUAGUGCAACACACUACAGUGCCACAGGCCUCAACGAUUAGCAGCAAGGACGCCGCAAAGGGGCACAAAACCGGGACAAAGACCGGGCCCCGUAGCUGGAGACGCCACCCAGUCAAGGAAGCUGCACCAGGGAGAGCAAAUGGGUGGGCAUCAGUCGGAGGCAGCUUGGCGGCGCCGGCUUCGGCGUCAUCUGUAGCACCCACAUCGCUGAGUCUGGCGUGGUCCAUGAUAUUACCGGUCGGCAGGUCUCUCGGCCCACGACCAUGCGGGCCCGCCGCUCCAAAAUGUCCGGAGCUUGCUGCGUGACAGGUGGCACCGGGAGCCAGUGCCGCGCGCGCGUUCUGUUGCCGUUGGCUGGGCGGUCCCUGACGCAUGGGCCCUGCCCUGCGCACGCCAUGGGCCACUGGAACUCGACACCCCCGGCCUCCCAAUGGAGGAGAGGGGGAAGGCCCAGAACGGAGAAAGCCACGGACCUUGCGCGUGGCGGCAUGGUUUUGGGGCUGUGGGACUGUGCUCCCACUGAGUGCGACUCGAAACUGGUGCCGCCCUUAUGCCGCGGCUCACCUGGAAAGCUCUGCAGUACAGCAGUCGGAAGGCCCGAGAAGCUGAGACGCCACCCCGAGCAGCGGGGGCGCAGGGCCGAGCCCUUUCCCCGGGCACGCAGAAAGUAAGGACGACCAGCAAGGCCCUGGCGCCUUGCGUAGGUGAGGCAGCCCCUAGCCUUUCCCGAUCUGGUCGACAGCCCCAAGGGGGCCGUCCGAGGCUGAGCACCUGCGGCAAGUCAAUGCGUGCAGAAGUCCAGGCAUUUGCGGACGGCGUCGGCGGGUGUCCUGCUGCUUUCUUCAAUUUUAUUUGGCUAGGGUGCGCGGGUUUCUUGAGGGCUGAACAAGGAGAAACGCGCUAGGCGGCGGGGCUUGUGUGUCUUUGGUGAAGGUGUUGCAACAUGGCGCAGACAUCGGCCGGCCGCUGCAAGAAACAAAACGAAGCAAGAACGUGCGGGCUGCUUUCAGGGUCUCCACGUAGGACGGCGCCACGCGUCAGCCAAUGGCGCAAGGGGUGCGCCCAUGGCAGUAAGCUCUCUCCUAGGCCUUGGCUCUACGGUCGGGCGAAUCGUUGCGGUGUCUGCGUUGCAGCGCAAGGUAGGCUGGCAGGGCUGCUGUCUCUCUGUGGUGCACAAGGGUGGCAGCGUGUAGGCCUGGCCCCGAUGACUGACGGCCCUCCAUGAGAGGGGUAAGGCUUCUGGGGUUGCCCUUGGUCUUCUCGUUGUGGCUUUCGUCGUUCAUAACUAUCCGCGGCGGAGUCGCGUAACUGGGUGAAAAAGUAUCCACGCAAGCAAGAGAGAACCUCGGGCCUGCCCUUUUUGUGUUCGCUGGCGAGGUGGUUUGGGGCCUGGGCUGCGUUUGCUUCUGUGUCUGAUGGGUCAGGAGGUCUCUGCAAGCGGUUUCAUCGCUUGGGGUGUCGUGGUGGUUCGGGUGCUGCGCUCCAUUUGAUGCAUUAUCUCCAAGGCUUUUAUGCUUCUUUCUCGUUUCUCAUUCGUCUUUAGCGAACAGUGAACAAGAGGAGCAGAAGUUCCAUGCGAUGCUUGCGCGGAGUGCUGUAAUGCUAUGAGUACUUAUUCUACGCUUACCACCUCCUUUCCACAACACAGGGACGACGAUGAUCCUCCAGCGGGAUCGUACCCAGUUCGGGAGAUUCACCUGUACGCACGUGGAGGCAAAACAACGCGGACUACUUACACGUAUCAGCAGCCUCCGACCCAUAGUAGCCGGGCUGGAUGUGGUGGGGGAAGUUACGUAGUGGACCGUUGUGAUAUAAAAAUAAGUUUAACUUGUUGUAGCUGAGCGUGGUACCGUUCGGACGACAAGAAAUUGAAAUUGCUCAGAUGAAGCCUCGCGCUCGCUCCCCUGCCUUCUUCUAACUCAUUGCUUAUUCAGCGGGUGGCAGAGGUGGCGGAUACCGCGAACCUUCUGACAACUACUAUAGCUACAAUGGGCCACCACUUCCACCUUCAGGGGGACCGAGCAGUAGAAGCAGAGGCCCUGAUAUUAAGGAUUUCUACAUAAUAUCUUCCACCUCCAGGAGCAACAUCUUUGACCUUUUUUCAAUUUCACAAGUGGGCAACAGGUCAAGGAUGCUCUACUCAGGAAUAUAAGUAUAUAGCGCUGCGCCUUCUAAUAAUGGGUAUGAUCACAUGACAGACUCGUCUGACCGAGAUCGCUAUGGAGCAGGACCAAGCUCAGAGAGGGGCCGUCACUUCUAUCCUUCACGGCACUACGACGAUGACGAUUACUAUUACAGCAGAGCCGACUCGUCAGCUGGAGGAUAUCAAUAUCGUGAUGGAGGUGCUAGUACUAGAGGCAGCUAUCCUCCUCGAGAUUACAAUUACCCACCAAGAUCAUACGGCAGUGAUCGUGGCCCGCCUCCACCAGGUAGAGGAGGAGGAGAAAAAGGAGGCUAUUUUUACGGUAAAGGUGAUCUUCGUGAUCGUGGUUCUUCCAGUGCUGGCACUAAGGGUGCAACUUCCUAUCAUCAGUCCUCGUAUGGUCGUAGUUACGCUGAAUCUGGGGGAAAGGGCGAGCAGCACAUUCUUAUGAAGAUUUAUAGUUUCAUUUUUGCUUGUAUAAUUAUGCUUGUGUCGCACUAGAUGUGAUGUAGAACGCACGACUUCACGCAUAAAAAUAGUCUUACAUCUGGGGAACAUCUUUUGUAUCCGAUUUAUAUUUAUUCGAUUUUUGCUUGUCUAAGUCUAAGUAAGCUUCCUUGUGUCACUACUACACUGACUAGGACUUGUGUCGCGCAUGACAACAUCGAAAUCCGACGACUGUGAACGAUUCUGAGGUUGAUGUCAUUCCACGCUAGAAGAUAAAUUGUUACUACUAGAAGUAGGACAUGGCAUGUGUAUGAUCUUCGAUCUGACUUUUGCAUACAAUAUAUUAUAACAUGUAGAACAAGAUUCUGGUCCAGCAUCUCCCUCUUUUUCUAACCUCCACCUCUACGCGGCACCUCCACUCGUGAACGGGACACCGGUGAACCGCCGCAUAGAGGACGCGACGCCGCUGAAGGAAGAAGAAAGACUGAACAUCUUGCAUCAUCCCUACAACAUCAGCAAUAUGGUUCAAGUUCUGUCCGACCGCGACCAAGGGGAUAGUAGAUACAUGCAACCGACGACGCAAGAAGCCUUCAACUUCGGACCUGUGAAAAAACCUCCUGGUAGUGUUUUUGCUGUGUAGGUUUAUUUGUAGUCUUGGUUUGUUGCUGUCAGCAUAGGUUCUGGUUUCAUUCGAGACGUGAUUUGGUGUUUUCUUGUUUCUCCACGAUUGCAGCAUAACUUGAGAUCAUCAUUAUAGAUACAAACAUAGAUAGAAACAUUCAUAGAGAUUUUUACAUUUUCACUAGAAUUCUUGAGCUGUUUUUGAGUAGGAAUGAAUAAUCAUUAUUCGUGACAUCAAGUUAUGAUUUAUCCCUAUAAUUAUGUCGUGACCUCUUAUGACCAUCGGCUAUCCCUAUCACGGAGGUGGCGCACUAGAAUUAAGGCUACCGCUAACGCAUCCUCAACACCAUCCUCGGCUUCUUUUUCAACGGAAAAAAGGCUCGGGGAUGGGCUCAAGGAUGCGACGUGGUAGCUCUAAUAGAAGAUGCAGAUCUUGGUCGCGAAGUGGAAUUGGCGCUACAGGAUGCGAUGUUCGACAUCAGAGAUUCGUGCGACGAUCUAGCCGAUUUGCCGCCUCCUCCUCAGCCUGCGAGCUUGGUAAACGCCUUGAUGGAAGAGCAGCAAGAGAGAAAUGCGAAGCUAAUGCCUCAAGGUAUUGCUCAACCACGACAUGCACUCACGCCUAUUCUUGGUGGUGGUGUCUCUCUUGACGCACUUAUUGUUGGCGGGACGAAUGAUCUUAAUAGUACAGCUGGUUGUACAGUGCUGCUGCCAGGAACAACUACUAGUACUGAUGCAACAAGUUGUCUAAGUCUAUUAAAUUCUAGUACAAUGAUAGGUGUUGGAGGACUAGGAGGAAUUCAUGGAGCUGCUCUUGGUCCAGGGGAGCAACCUCAACCUCUCGGAGGAGGCAUUGUACGGCCUGUUUCGCUAACUGCUCAAACAGGCGGAGGAAUUGGUCAGACAGGAGGAAUUGGUCAGACCACAGGUUCCCUUAUCCCGGUUUAUCCAGGUGUGAAUUGUAGUUCUCCCUUAGCACUCAACAAGGAUCACAUCUUGCCACCUCUCGGUCCUUCUGGCUUGUUGGAAGUUGUACCACAAGCGCCAUCUUCAGUACUGAAGCCACUACAAUUAAGGGUAGGUAGUUACAGGUGCUUUUGUUACCGUUUGUUAUGGCCCUCCUAAAAGGGACAGCCAUAACAAACGGAAUAAACGAACUACACCAAAAACCUACCUCUAAUACAACUACAUCCAGGACAAGAAGGUGCUGCAACUGGAGCAGCUGGAGGAGGUGCAGCAGGUUUAGGAGUCCCACAGAUAGUACAACUACAACCAGGUGCCGGAGCUGGUGGAGAGCAGGCAGGCGUAGGGGGUGGAGUUCAACAACAGCAGCAGCUUCAGCUUUUACAAGAACCAGAUGGUUCAUCUUCAUUACCAGUUGAGGAGCAAUUCCAUGGGGAGCAAUUCCAUGGGGCCCCAAAGACAGAGGAGCAACAACGAUCCCUCAAUUUGAUGCUUCGUGGUUUCCUGAGCCAGUGUGAGGCCAGGCAGAAUACGACGAUGAGCCAACAAAAUGGAGGGGCUCUCUUGUGUUUCUACAUAGGGGGACAGAAUUUUCUGAAAGUGUUGCAGAAGCGAGAUCUGACAGUGCUGUACGACACGUUGCAGAGCCUCUACGACGAUAGAAUUUUUCCAGGGGAGAAGAUUAUCAAGGCGAGGUUGCAGCAACAAGGUAUAAUAUCUUCAACUUUCUUGUAAAUGUUGAACCUUGAACCUUGGACCUCCAAUUAGGAGUUUAGGAUGCAUCUUCUACGAGAUCAAAACUCUACUGCAACGUGUACAGAUGUAUUUAUAGAAAAGAAAGUGUUUCAAGAAGAAGUUGUCCUUGUCCUACCAGUAUCUUGAUGGGAAAGAAGUUGUCCGUGUCCUCUUCUCAGGUGUUUCAAGAAGUUGUCCGUGUCCUCUUCUCAGGUGGCCGCGAAACUCUCCUCGAGAAUUUCCUUUCCUUUUACAAUAUGCUUCCCGGCUACAAAGUUACCUUCAAGGAUCCGAGUACAUGUCUCAAAAACGUCAAGCGCGACCCCGAUGACCAUGAAACAGAGGCAAAAUUGACUCUAGAACAAAGAGAAGAUGGCGCAUACGUUUUGUUUGAGCGUGAACCAGCCGGGUUCAAAGGCUUCGUGGACCCCACGUCUACUUUAAGGCUCGCAUGAAUGCAUCUUUGGCCUCUGCAUCCUUUUUUAGAGUAGUACUAGUAUGUUAAUGUUUAUCCCACGUCUACUUUAAGGCUCGUACCAGUGCAUUUUUGGCUUCUGCAUCCUUUUUUAGAGUAGUAUGUUAAUGUUUGGCGGGGAGUAUUUGAUUUCAUUUUAGUAAAGUAGUACUUUUAAGUAGUAGUACUACUCAAUCAGUAGUAAGGGAGUAUUUUCAUUUUCUACCCUGCUGCGAAGAUACUAGUGACUCUUCAAGAAUGCAUUCUUCCUGCGUGAAAGAGAAAGAUGAACUACUACUACGGAGAGCAGGUCCGUCUUCUAACUAUUGAGGACGAUUAUCCCGAAGAUCUGUGGAUCCAUUUUCGCGAGUAUCUAGAAUCGCUGCUGACCAGGCCAGCGACGCAUGGCCAUAGCUACAAGAAGAACAAGUAUGGAAUCCAAGAUGCGGCCUUUCAUCGUGGUCGCUAUGGGAUGGCGCAAGAGUUGCACAGACGGCAGCUGGGCUUCUUACGCGAUUACACGAUUGGAGAAUUGUGUCACUUAAGACUUCACUUGGACACUUCUCAUGCCUGUUCGUACUAGACAAUUCAAAUAGGUCUCCCAAAAUGAUCUCCCAUAAUGGGGUAAAGCAACAUCUUGGACCUCCAUGCGAGGGGGAAACGGGUCCAAGAUGACUCUCAGCCUCGGUUCCCGGAAGGUCUAACUCACAUAGUGGAGCGCGCAAUUCAGAGGAAAAUUAUUGUUAUGGCUUGUGAUUGUGAUUGUAUCUACAGAGUAGUUUAUAUCACGCAUGGUGCAUGGAGUAGCAUGGAGUGCAUGGAGCGCAGAGCUUUAAGGGGCGCAAGAAGCUCCCCCUUUAGCUCCAUGCUACUCCAUGUGAUCCAUGCACUCCAUGCCGUGCGAGCUGUGAAACCUUAUAUAUUGCUCUGGUAUCAGUAGUUGUCGGAAGACACGAAUAUGCAUCAGUAGUCGGCUUGAUAGAUGGAAGACACGAAUAUGUAUCAGCGAGGACUUCUUCUGCAAUGCUUUGUCCUGGGAUCGAUUUUAUUUAGAGGAUGAGAAUGACGAACUGAAGAAUAUUCAUAGAUAUGAUCAAAAUCUUCUCUAACGCUUCCUACGAGAACUCUAUGCUCCUACCGGUUUCGGCGUGUAACAGUUUCAAGAACGCUAGGAUUGGCGCUCCAAACCUGCAGAGUCGAAUGGUCUCUGGCGGAAGACACCAUCAACAACAUCUGUACAGUAGUGUCGUAGGCGGCCCUUCACAGCAAGGACAAGGUCAAGGAGGCCGCAGUGGAGGUGGAUAUGGUUAUGAUUACUGAUAAUUCAUUUUGCAUUUGGUAAUGUUGUAGUUGUGGAAUAGUCUGAGCAUUCAGAGUUGGGAAAAAUAGUAACAAGUACAACGACAAGGCUUGAUGGUCUCGCAACGCGUUGUUUGAGCACGAUGAGCGUGUUAAUUGUGUCCUACCGCCUCUAACCCUCCUCCGGUGCUCCUCCGCCACCAAGUGCGCCACCCUCCUCGCAAAAUCAGUACUAUGGUGGCGGGAGCGGUUACGAUCGAUAUUAUGGCGCAAGCGGAGCCGGUGGCGGUGGAAGCGGUGGCGCCGGUGGAAACAACUAUAGCUUAAGAUUCCACGAAGCAAUCGUCUAUUUUUUUCAGAUACGCUGCUGCAGCGUAUCUGAAAAAAAAGUAAAUGAUGAUGCAGUGCAUCUUCUUGGAACUAGUAGCCCCUAAAAAAGUAAAUGACAAAGCAGCUCCAACUCCGUCCUCCUUGGGGCGCUCUGCCCGCCUGUCUCCCUACACUUCGCGUGCAAGAGGCGGAAAGGCACCCUAUCCUAUCCUAUCCUAUCCUAGGCACUGUAUCCUAUCCUACAUCUUGAUCCCAACAUUGAUCAACUCCCCUUCUCUCUUCUAAAGGACGCUGCAGUCAACGCACCAGUAGGUCCUGCAGCAAAUUCGGAUUUCGACCUGGACCCAGAAAGCAUCUACAACGUUGCAGAUCAUGAAGGUUAUCGAGAUCACUACGACCGACAUCGGUUUGAGAGGCAUGGAGGUAAGCAAAUAUUAUAUAUCUUUUGAUUUUGUUCAUGAGGACAGCAGAUCAGGUGGGGGGAGUCCCUAAAACGACCCUCUUGCAUACAUGCUACAGAUUUGUUGCUGUUUUUUCAUUCACACCUAUUACUUAUAUAGACGAGCAAAAAAUUUGAAUCAAAUCUCAACCAUCAGCUCACGAACGUUGUGGCAGUGAAGACUUUCUUGCGAAGAUGGAUCCUUCUUGCGGCAACGAUACCCCAUACGUCCAAUCCAUGGAGGAGUUAAAACGAUACGUAGUUUGCUUAUUAGAUGCGUGGCCGGAUGGUUUCAAUUUGUCGGUGGUGAAAAUCAAGAUUCGGACGAUAUUUUAUGCAUCAUUUUCUCUAACUUUCUUGUUCUGUUUCUGCUAAUUCUCUGAAAACUUCUACAAACUGCUUUCGUCCUACUCUGAUCGAUCUCCUGCUUUGAGGUAGUUGUAGCCUCUGAUCGAGGCUAGUGUAGCCUACUGAUUCGAGGUAGUUGUUCGUCCUACUUAAGUAGGUAGAAGUAGCCUCUGAUCGAUCUCCUGCUGUGAAGAUGAAGUUGUAGCCUCUGAAGAUCGAUCUCCUGCUUUGAAGAGAUGAUUCUAAUGUUCCCAAAAACUGCUUUCCGAAACGGUCUUUCACGAGACGAAAUUGCUGGACUUGAUGAAGCAUCCGACGUUGCAGGAAGUGUGCAAAGUGGUGAAACUGAACAAAGGUUAAGGGUUGAGACAUUUCAUUUUUACAAGUCUUCUGUACUUGAGAUUGCUACUAAAAAAUGAAACGCUUCAACCUUUAAAAAGGCUAUUGGCUGGAGCCGAAGGGGGCCACGUACAGUGAGUUGCGGGAGAUUUUGAAACGAGGUGAGUGUCAGCCGGUUCUCACAGGGUUGGAAAAAGAAGAUUUUUUGUUAUGAUUGAAAGUGAGUAAAAGAAUGAAGAUAUUGAGGAUAUUAUUAUCUUCUUAUCGCUUCUCAGUUUUAUCUCACUGGCUUUUCUGAUGUGUUGAUAUAACUUCGAGUUAACAAGGCGCACAAUUAUGUGGAGUCAGCGCAGACCUUUUGUCGCGCACAGAACGAAAGAGUGAAUGAAUGUAGUGGUUGUGCUUGUGGGAGGUACGUUCGUCCCUUCUGCUAGAAGUGCUGGCGUCUUGAUCUGAGUAAAAAGCUCUCUUAGGGCGGUCAGUGUGUAAGGAGCGGACCCGUCCUCUUCGAGUAGCCACCUUUAUCUUCUAACAGAGCCCGACGACAACAAAGGGAAAAUUGAAGCAUGCAUGGACGACGCGUGCGGGCUGAAUAGCUGCUCCACUUCUUCCACUUCAACCUCGUCGCUACAAGACGCAAAAUCACACUCGAACACCCUACUGGUAAGGCUACAAGAGAUCAUGCAUCUUCUUCUUCACAGGCAACAUCGAUCUUGGAUGGUCCUCCCGUUUUUUUAAAGGGACGAAAAGGAGACCCAACAAGAUGCUGCCGACGAUGCACUAGUACUUCUCUUCGUUCUAAUACUAUCAAACGAAGACGAUGCCAUACCAGUCGCGCAGCCUACCUUUAAACCAGUACCAGAGCAAGUGGUGGAACCGAGCGCAGGGGGAAGCGUGUAUGCGCUAUUUUGAGCGUUGCUCCUGGAGGGGGUAUGAUACGACAGUGAAGCUCAGGCUUGUUUCUUUGAUGUUGAUACGACUAAGUUGAUACCAAUCGAUUCUUACUUGGUAGGUAAAAAGUCAAAUGUGAGGGUGAGCAUUUGAUUAGAAAGAUUAGGACUCCUUCUCGUGCAAUCUAUCAACAUGAUGAAUGUGAAUCCAGUGCGUUGCGCCAGUAAAUAUUUUUUUCCAGUUUACAAUUUAUUACAACUAAUUAUACUUGCUUCUGGUCGUUGUACUUCUAGUACUCAGAUUUAACCUUAUGAAGUAGAAGAUCUACUUAGAAGAUGAAGCACUCCGUCAGAUAAAGAACUACAAGUAGUACUUAGCACUUGUCCAACCAUUUUGGUCUACCAAAGUCACACUAGACGCGUCUUUGCCUGAUUCCUUACAUACCAGAACAACUACUUGAAGAAUGGGGGGAAGGGGAGGCAGAAGAUGCUAAAAAAAGCUACCUGUUCCUGAAUGACAUACCUAAAUCAAUGCUGUCGUCCGCAAAUAUUUACUCAACCGAGUUGAUGAGUAUUGUGUUUUUAUGGAUGUGAUAUGGGGUGAUGAACUACUAGGUACUUAUCUUCAAGGUGCAAUUGCUCUCAGUUUCAUUCAGCACAAAGUAACAUUACUUCAAAGAAAUUAGGGUGUUGAUAGAAGCAGGUUCUGCUAGGUUAAAAAGAUCAAAGAUGUUGAGUCAACAACAUUGUUACUACGUGCUCCAACAACAAGAUCAUGACUCCUGUAAUCAAACACAUAUAGUAGGUGUUUACUCCAGUGUGUGAUCAAAUCGCACGUCUCUCUAUCCUCAAAGCGACCGACUGACAACUGUGAAUUUUUUUUGAAUUCUUUUUUUCAGGACAAGACCGAAUCUUAGUGGUGUCACAUAUAUAUAUUUAUAAGUCCUUCCUGUAGUUCCUUUCUGUACAAAGUGAUAUUUUCAAAGUGAUAUCUUCAAAUUUUCCUGAUUCUGUACAAAAUCAGUGGUUAGUCAAGUAGUCUGAUUAAGUUGUCUUUAUAAGAUUGUUAUAAAAAUAUAUAUUCUCAGAAACAGAAGUUCAUGAAAAAGAACUUAUUAUAGGUAGAAAUCGAAGAUUUGUCGAAAAUAUAUCAUCAAAAGACACUCAGAUUCAUGAUGUUAUCUACGAACAUGUCUAUGCUAAUAGGGGCUUCAACUAAAAAUGUUGUGUGAUAAAGUUAAAGACCUCUGGCGACCUUGGUUUAUACUGACAAGCAGUAUUUGGUUUCGUCAAUGUUGAAAAAAUAAUUCGUCUUUAAAACAACCCCUUGGUUGUUCUCAGCAGAUACGAGGCCGAGGGAGUACAACUUCUAC